GACCACACCCUCCAUCAUGCUUUGGAAUGAAGAACUGCAUAAGUGUGCUGAGAACACUUCACACACCAACCUCUCCAACUUCACACUCAAUUACGGCUGUUAAGAAAGGCAAAGCAUGGACGUGAUCUAUGGGAUGUGUGUGCAAUGGCUAUUUCGGUGUGUCCUCUUCCUGGUAUCGCUGCCGUUUCUUCAAAGUAAAGAUGUCACCAUGGUGAUAGGAGAGGUGGGCGGGGCUGUGACUAUCCCCUGUACCUCAGACCUCUGUGAGAACCCUCUGGUCUUCAUGUACGUACAGAGACCUGGUUCCAAUGGAAAUAAUCCCCGGUUCAUUAAUGGCUACCAUACGAAUAAGCGGUUAGACCCUAAGGAGUACACUAACCGCACACAUGUAGACCCCAGACAGCGAACAAUGAAGCUGUGGAGUAUAUUGCCGUCAGAUGAGGGGCUGUACGAGUGUCACAUUCAAUACCAAACCAAGAAGAAGCAGGAGAACAUACAGCUCAAUGUGACAGCCAACUACAGCAUCCCCAUUGUAACGGUGGCCUGUGACAACGUCAGUUGCUUGCUGACGUGUUCCUCCGACAAUGGUUACCCUCGUAGGGACAUUGAGUGGAGCCCAAACCCUCCUCUGAACCAGAGCCACUGGAGAGUAGUGAACAGUAGUGAUGUGACAGACCCGGUCUCUAUGCUGUUCUCUGUCUUCAGUUCCAUAUCCGUCAACUGCUCCUCCGGACCCCGGCUGAACCUCAGCUGUGCUGUAGGGGGCGUCCUUUCACAGGAACACACCGUCUGCUGGCCUCAGUCAGGCUCUCCUGAUUUUUAUGUGACCUCUGCCGUUGUGGCUGGUGCUGUUGCUCUGCUGUGUUUCCUGCUGGCUGGGCUGUUUGUCUUCAAUGAAAGGAAGGCUCAGACAGCCAGAGUUGAUCAAGAUGGGGAGGAAGCAGCAAGGCCAGCUGAAAGAGUACAGCUCACCUGUAGGAACCUAGAUUCUUAAUGGAACUUGGAGUCUGUAACGUUGUACACUUGGAACCCAGAAUAUGGAAGGUUAUUUUAUUGAUACGAUAUCUAUAAAUCUGAAGUGCUGUCUUCUGAUGGGACCAGGGGAAGGUCACUGAGGUGACCUACAUAUUGCCUGGACUUGGCGUCGUUGAAAAUGAGGUUAACUUUUCUCUCCACGCUGGAGGACAGGCUGGACAUGAGAGGUGUUUUCAUGAUUUUGAGAAAGACUGGGAGUUGUAUAAAUAUUUAACCAGUAUGUUCAAAAGACUGAGUUCCAAUGAAGAACUAGACAUGCAACGACUGUCCUCAAUGUGUGCACUAUUGUAAGGCAUGGAGUUAUCCAGGGAAAUGUGUUAAAGUCAAUAUACAUGUGGAUUAGGACUAAUAACCUGCACUGCACUUAAACAGAGUGUACACGUAUCUAAUGUGCACUUAUCAGGGGUUGACUGUAUUCAACUGACUCAUGUGCAAUUGUAAACUGUGUAACUGUGAAGCUAUCUGUGUAUUAACCACAGUUUACGCAGUACAGACAUGGCCACGACGACAUGGGGCUUGGUUCCUCUCUAGGCUUUUCCUAGGUUCCUUCCUUCUGGGGAGUUUUUCAUUAUCUGCCUCUCUAUUCCAGUUUCUAUACCUGCAUCUACCAGUAAGACUGAGUCCGUCCCACAUGUUACUGUCUGUAUGAACUGGUUUUAAGGAACUACAAAACAUGUGCUGGUUGUUCAGUGAGACAGCAAAAGGUGGAUGAUGAAUAAAACAUGUUUUACUGAUUAUUUCAGUAUUGAAAAAAAGGUGAAUCUUUGAUAUGUAUGCUACAUAUUUAUGACAUGUUAAGUUGUUCUCAUGUAAAAUACUCUUGAAGGCUACAUAAUAUUUGUAUCCUAUUUUUGAUAAGUUAUGAAUAAGUUAUUUGUGUUAAAUUAUGUCUUUCGACUUUAUACUAGUGCAUAUUCUAUUUUCUCUGCUUCGAUAUAAUUAAAGUGAUAAAGCUGUUGACAAAA